ACCAUUUUUUUGUUUUCUUUCCUAUUCAAAUUUAAAAUAAGAAAAAAAGAGUUCCUGUACUUUUGUCAUACAAGUAAAUAAUAUCGAAACCAAACUUCCACCACUUUCUUCAUCACUCUGGCCUGCUCCAUCGCACCCGCUCAAUUACUCAUAAUCCCAUCAUCAUUCAUUUUUCUUUUGUAUUCUUCUCUUCACUUUUCUUAUUCAAAAAUACGUUUUUUUUUUAAUUAUCUUGUGGCUUUAAUUUAGUUGGAUCUUGUUGUUCUUCUUCUUCUAUAGCCGUUUCAUUUCAACAAAGGCAUCUUCUUUUCUUAAUCGAGAUCCCUCAUUCAUCGGAUCCGAAAGGAAACUAAAGAUUAACUAAAUCAAUCUGAAAAAGGCUUCACACUUUUGCCUUCUGUAUACUUUACAUAAACGUUCAUCGAAGAAGAAGAUGCUAAGUGGAAACAAUGGAAACACCGCGCCACAGGUUUUCAUGAACGAGAACCAGUUGCAAUACCAUACAAACACACAAUCCAAUCAGUUUCACCUACUCGGAACCAUGGGAGGAGGUGGAUCCACUACUGUUAAUCCUGUAAACUAUUUUGCUAAUGAUAAUCUCGUUCCAAUGGUUCGGCCUAAUAAAAGAGGGAGGGAAGCAGAAAGCAUUAGUAAUAACAACAACAUCCAAAGGCAACAUCAGCUUCAGAUGUCUCUGAACCAUAAUCAUAGUGUUCAAGAAGAAGCCCUCAAGGAGAAUCUAGUCUCCACUGGUCUUAGACUGUCUUAUGACGACGAGGAACGCAACUCUUCAGUGACUUCCGCUAGUGGCAGCAUCGUAGCUGCUUCUCCAUUCUCUCAGUCACUGGAUGAUAGUCUUCGGAUCCACCUCCAUAGACAAAAAGAUGAACUCGACCAAUUUUUAAAAUUCCAGGCAGCUCAAAUGGCGAAAGGAGUGAGAGAUAUUAAACAGAGACAAAUCGCGUCUCUUCUCAACACAGUAGAGCAAGGAGUGAGCAGGAAGCUUCAAGAGAAAGAUCAGGAGAUUGAGAUCAUGAACAGGAAGAACAAGGAGCUCGUGGAGAGGAUAAAGCAAGUGACGACGGAAGCUCAGAACUGGCACCACAGAGCAAAGUACAAUGAGUCUGUGGUUAUUGCCUUAAAGAAUAAUCUGCAACAAGCAAUGUCACACAACAACAACAAGAAAGUGACUGCAGAUCAAGGUAAAGAAGGGUUUGGAGACAGCGAGAUAGAUGAUGCAGCUUCAUCGUACAUUGACCCAAACAACAACAAGAAGAUGGGGAACCAGAGGAUGAGAUGCAGAAUGUGCAACGCGAAGGAAGUAUCGGUGUUGCUUGUGCCGUGUAGGCACUUGAGUUUGUGUAAAGAAUGUGAUGUGUUCACUGGUGUUUGUCCUGUUUGCAAGUCUUUGAAAACUUCUAGCGUUCAGGUCUUCUUUUCUUGAAUUUUGUGACCAUAAAAAUGGAACGAAAGAAAAAAAAAGUUCAUUAUAUAAGAGCUUUCAACUUUUGAUA